GCGCUCUACAGCGGGGCGCCGCAUGUCGCCUACUAAUGCCGAUCUGGGGUCAGUUUGGACUCAGGUCACACCAUGGAGCACAUGUCCUCUCCGGUCAGAUUCCGCAGCAGUAAAAAAGUUGUCCAGUCUGUCCAUCGAAGACCAGGCAGACAUACAGUUCCCCUACGCCAUGAGGGAUCUACCUCCUGUGUCUCAUUCAGAUGAACAGUCACAGAAUCAAGACCGCUUGGAUGCAGAAGAACCUCCGACUGCAGCCAACGGGAGGCUGCCCGGUUAUCCAGGAACGCCCCCUCCAUCCCGUCCAGUUCGCCCUGCCGGUUCUCCGACCGUCCCGCCCCGGCCCAGUCACGCAGGACGGGACUGGUCACAGAUUCUCCCGUUGAAGAGGCAGCUUGUCUCCCAGGUUUCUCUGGACUCUCCUCUGAGCCCGGCCUCGCGGCCGCGCAGCCCCUGGGGACAUUUUGACCCUUACGACUCUCCAGAGGAUCAGGACAAAGAGUACGUGGGUUUUGCUACGUUGCCCAACCAGGUUCACAGAAAGACGGUGAAGAAAGGAUUCACCUUUACGCUGAUGGUGGCAGGAGAGACUGGACUCGGCAAAUCCACACUAAUAAACAGUUUGUUCCUCACUGACCUCUACAGAGACAGAAAAGUUCCCAAUGCUGAGGAGCGGAUCGGUCAAACGGUCGACAUCAUCAAGCACACCAUCGGCAUCGAGGAGAAAGGGAUCAAACUGAGGCUCUCCAUCAUAGACACGCCAGGCUUCGGAGAUGCCGUCAACAACACAGCGAGCUGGAAGCACGUAGAAGACUACAUUGACCAGCAGUUUGAGCAGUAUUUCAGAGAUGAGAGUGGGCUGAACAGGAAGAACAUUCAGGACAACAGAGUCCACUGCCUGCUCUACUUCAUCUCUCCAUUUGGCCACGGUUUAAGGCCCAUCGAUGUGGAGUGCAUGAAGGCUUUGCAUGAAAAAGUCAACAUUAUUCCUCUACUGGCCAAAGCCGAUAGCCUGACACAAGCAGAAGUCUACAGCAAGAAAUUAAAGAUGAGGGAUGAGAUCAAGCAGUUUGGGAUUAACAUCUACCAGUUUCCAGAGUGCGACUCGGAUGAAGACGAAGACUUCAAGAGACAGGAACAGAUCCUCAAGGACAGCAUACCAUUUGCUGUAAUCGGGAGCAACAUACAGGUGGACAGUAAAGGCAGAAAGUUCAGGGGUCGCUCUUAUCCCUGGGGUGUGGUGGAAGUUGAGAACCCGAUCCACUCAGACUUCCUGAUGCUGAGGAACAUGCUGGUGAGGACGCACAUGCAGGACCUGAAAGACGUGACGCGGGAGAUCCACUAUGAAAACUACCGGGCGCAGUGCAUCCAGAAUAUGACCCGCAUGAUGGUGCAGGAGAGGAAACGCAGUUUACGGGAGAAGCAUCGCGAAGGGAGCGAGGUGGACUUUCCUCUUCCACUCGCAGCAGUUGACACCGAGAUGGAGAGACAGAUUUUCGAGAAAGAUGAAGAAUUGAGAAAGAUGCAGGAGGUGCUGGAGAGGAUUCAGGAGCAGAUGCAGCAGAGCCAGACAGGCACCUGCUGAGCAAACAGAGACUAAAUCUUCUGCAAACCACCAUUUCGACAAGUUCAAGUGAGAGCUUUCAAAAAAUGGACCAAAAUGUCUCAGUGGAUCUUCACAGGGAAGGAACAACAACUGU